AAACGUCUCGUGAUGGGGGCGGUUUGGCGUCAGUCUUUCCCGUCUGGAGUCUGACGCACUCAGACAGCCAAUAAGCUCAUGUAGCUCUUCGGCGCCCGAGCCCGCUGUGGAGGCAGGAAUUCAUCAAAUAAAGAUGGCAGAUGUUGUCGAAGGAGACUGUAGUCGUUCCGCUGGCCCUUCCGCGCUUCAUUCAGCGGCUCGCAACGGCUCCAGCAUGAGCUCGGGAACGUGCGCCGGCGGCCUCGUCGCGACCACGGUCACCUCCGGGCCUCGGCUGGUCCGCAUCGUCAAGUCGGACUCAGGCUAUGGCUUCAAUGUCCGCGGGCAAGUAAGCGAAGGAGGGCAGCUCAGGAGCAUCAACGGUGAACUUUACGCCCCGCUGCAGCACGUCAGUGCCGUGUUACCGGGCGGCGCGGCAGACCGAGCCGGAAUCUCAAAGGGCGACCGUAUUCUUGAAGUAAAUGGGGUGAAUGUGGAAGGGGCCACUCAUAAGCAGGUGGUAGAUCUCAUACGAGCUGGAGAGAAAGAGUUAGUCUUGGCUGUCCUGUCCGUUCCUCAGCCAGAGACGGACAGCCUUGAUCCUGGGGACGAUGGUUCAUCGCAGUCCUGCUAUGACUACAGUGACAAACAGGCCGUGCCUAUCUCUGUACCCACCUACAAACAUGUGGAACAGAACGGAGAGAAGUUUGUGGUCUACAAUGUGUACAUGGCAGGCAGGCAGUUGUGCUCGAAGCGUUAUCGGGAGUUUGCCAUCUUGCAUCAGAAUCUGAAGAGGGAAUUUGCCAACUUUGCAUUUCCCAAGCUGCCUGGGAAAUGGCCUUUCUCUCUGUCUGAGCAACAGCUAGACGCUCGCAGACGAGGGUUGGAGGAAUACUUGGAGAAAGUGUGUUCUGUUCGGGUGAUCGGAGAGAGCGACAUCAUGCAGGAGUUUCUGUCGGAGUCUGAUGAGAAUUAUAACGGUGUUUCUGAUGUGGAGCUAAGGAUAGCCAUGCCAGACAAAACCACAGUUACCGUCCGAGUGCGAAAGAAUUGCACAACAGACCAGGUCUACCAGGCUAUUGUAACAAAAAUUGGGAUGGACAGCAUUACUGCGAGUUAUUUUGCCCUGUUUGAAGUCAUUAACCACUCUUUUGCACGCAAGCUGGCCCCUAAUGAGUUUCCACAUAAGCUAUAUGUACAGAACUAUACGUCUGCCAUCCCAGGCACCUGCCUCACGCUUCGCAAGUGGCUCUUCACCACAGAAGAAGAGAUUCUGCUCAAUGAUAAUGAGCUGGCCAUCAACUAUUGCUUUCAUCAGGCUCUGGAUGAUGUGAAAAAGGGAUUCAUCAAAGCGGGAGAGAAAUCCUACCAGCUCCAAAAGCUCACUGAACAGAGGAAAAUGACCAUGUAUUUAAGUAUUCUGAGGACUUGUGAGGGCUACAAUGAGAUCACUUUCCCACAUUGCUCCUGUGACUCGCGUAGGAAAGGUCACGUGGUCACUGCGAUAAGCAUCCGCCACUUUAAACUCCACGCGUGCACAGAGGAUGGCACUCUAGAGAAUCAGGUGAUAGCUUUUGAAUGGUCCGAGAUGCAGAGAUGGGACACAGAUGAAGAGGGAAUGGCUUUCUGUUUCGAGUAUGCACGAGGGGAGAAGAAACCUCGCUGGGUCAAAAUCUUCACUCCAUAUUUCAACUACAUGCACGAGUGUUUCGAGAGAGUCUUCUGUGAACUCAAAUGGAGAAAAGAGGUUGAAGAGGAGGCCACGGACAAGGACAAUAAGAACUGCAGUAAAGAUGGUAUGUGCGGUAAGAAUAUCUUCCAACUGUUGAGACACAGAAGGGAUGGAGGCACAUGAACGAAGAGAUCAUCUCCUCUUGAAUUCUCAAACACACGCACACGUACACUAAAAGCUCCAUACAGAGACCCAGAAAACAUUUCAAACCAGUCCCAUAUGCUUAUCCACUACUGAUACACAAUUACUGAAAUAAGAUAUGAAGCAGGAAACUACACAACCACAAUACAUCGAUCAAAAUGUGGAACUACAAGAGACUUUUUAGAGAAUUAUGCUAUCAUUUCACCGGACUGGAAAUAUUUAUGUUGAACACACUGACCGCCAGCUUGGGACGGGAGAUGAUACUGAAAAGCUAUAAUGCUCCAGGAGACAGAGGCGGUGAAGUGUUGUCUGAUGAACGCACCCUGGUCGUUGACAUGGCACCAGCAUUGUGACUAAAUUCAUGUCAUGUGACUGGUCAGAUGCAGACAACUGAGAGACUGGGCUUCUGCAGAGACAUGGAAACGACGGCGGUCUGACUAAUGCAUCAUCCUGACACUAACACAUGCACCUGUGAGGGCAGAGAUGCUCUCUCAGAAUGUAUCUAUAUAAAAAAAAAAAAAGAAAAGCAAAAACCAUUACUACAUUUUCCACUUGGACAAUCAGAGUGAGAGAGGGAAAGAGAAAACAAGCCUAGAAACAAGGGCAAGAGAGACAGAUCAAUACUUUCCAUGCUUUUCCACACUAAUUUGUCUCUUACCUCACUAUUGCCACUGUGUUGGUAGUAGGUUUGUACAGAUUUUCAGCCCUUUAGCUGAACUGAGGUUUUUAAUUUAAUUUUUUUGUGCUCUCAUCUGUCUUUUAUUCUCCAAAGCAGUAUUUGAUUACGUUAGCCAUCGCCAGGCCCAGAUGGAAUUUCUGUGCUGAUUUUAAAAGUGUUAAAUUGGUCAAUGAUGUAAUGCUUUUUUGGAAAACCAAUUAUUUAUUCAAAAUGUGCUAAGCAUUCACCAACACACACGUACAGUGUGUGUGUAUAUAUAUAUAUAUAUAUAUAUAUAUAUAUAUGUAUAUAUGUAUAAUAGAAUUUUUUUCCGUGUGUAAUGGCUUUAUUCUGAUAGGACAAGGAAGACAGGAAGCGAAGUUAUUGAGAGAGAUGGGGGUGGGAUUGGGAAAGGUCCGUGCAGUGGCACUGUAUGUCAGCACGCUACCCAUGAGGCUAUUGAAAGUGACCAACCUUUUAAAUUGGGUUUUUAAUUUUUUAUAAAAUGAUUUGAGGGACCCAAUUUAAUUCAGGAUCCACAUUAUUUGUUCCAUAUUACUUCAUAAUAUUGUUCAAAGAUAUAUUUAAAAAUAUCUAUAUUUUUGCAUUUCCAGAACCAUAUUUAAAGGCCCCUAAUUUGAGUUUUACUAGUGUUUACUAGUUUUACCAGUAUUUUUGUAUUGCUUUACAUAUGCUUUUUGCUGUAGUUAUUACAAAAAUGCUUGUUUCCAAACUCUUGACUGGGAUUUUCAGUAUAUCAAAGGAAUUAGCCACAAUUAUUUUUUGGUGAAUUGUAUUUAUUUUAACGAAACAGUAGCUGCUUAGGAGAAAAGGAAAUGAACCUUUUUUUCCUGUAUUUUUUUUUUUUUUAAGAAAGUUCAAUUUUGAAUUAUUUUAAGUCAUUCUAAAGCCAUGUUAGUGGGCCCCGGAGACCUGCUUGAGGACCAUCACACAUGAAUAUUAAAGUAUAAAUCCGUUUUAAUGCCGUUUUAAAAUAAGAAUUAUUUUAUUACUAGCUAAUGAUCAAGUUAGACAUUGUUCGCGCAGCGUUUAAAGCAAAGACUCAAGGAAUGAGGAAUAUGAUGAACUUGUGAAUUCUAGGUGUUGUGAAUCUGCAGAGAUUCUGUGUGGGUCUGGCCAUGGCAGAAGAACACCUGCCCACUGAUCAUCUGCACCAGUGUUGAGUGGGUGUUCGCUCUGCUCACAUAUGACUUGAGUUGUUUUAACAGUGUUAGAAAUGUGAAGCACUGAAUCGGAAAGCCAGCAGUGUUAGUUAUGUGUGCUUGUUUGGCUGCUUGGUUUGUGAGUUUUAGGAUGCCAUGCCCUCACCCAGCAGCAGGUGGCUCUGAGCGCACAGGAAGUCGUCUCCAUCAAACCACGUGUGAGUGUCUUUAUCUGACUUUUUUUUUUUUCUUCAGUGUUACUUAUUGUAGCGCAGGCGCAUACAAACCCGUCACUCCGGACCAGUCAUGACAUGUUUUGCACUUUUUGAAUGACGCGUUUGUGAUGUGUGUAAAGACUGAGAUGCCAUUUCUGUCCUGCCAUUGUUCCAUUAUGUUUCUCUGUCAUCGCAUGUAUUGACUUUUAAGGGAUAUUUCGGUUUUAAUACAAGAUGAGCUCAACUGACAGCGCUUUUGCCAAAAAGAAUAAUAUAAAAAGGCAAUCGGGUUACAGUGAGGUACUUAUAAUAAAAGCAGCUGAAGUAAUAGAAUACUGUUUUAAUAGUACAGGCACAAACAGUAUAUUAAUUGAUGACAAAUUAAAGGAAAACUAUAUACUUUCUUA